GAUGUCAAGAGAAGGAAAAACCCAACUUCCUUGUUACCGGCUGACAGUUGAGAGAACAAGCGUCUCUUCGCCAUAUUUCCUCAGCAGUGACAGACCCUUCAGCAGAAAGACACGUCCAACAGCCCGUCUGAGGUUUUUAAGGUUAAAGAUGAGGGACUUGAGGCUGAAGAUAUGAAUGCUGGUGUUGCUCUCUACACAUCUGUUCACCCAUGGAGUAAAGACCCCAGCACCACCCCUCUACGCCUCCCAGACUCUGACACUCCUGCAUGGAUCUUCCCUUCACUUCUCCCUGCGGCUCCAGGCUCCUCCCACCCCUCCUGUGAGAGAAUGUACCCUAGUGAAUCUGACCCCCAGCACCUGGACGCCCAGCUGGACUUCUGCCACAAGCUCGGGUACUCCACGGCUCAGGUUCAGGCCGUUCAGCAGAAGUUCGGCCCCAACAUGGACACAGAUAAACUACUGGGGGAGCUGGUUAUGAUCCGGGCCAGUCGGGAGGGCGGUGGGGGGGCUGAGCAGGGGCCAGUCACCACGAUGUCGGUGCUUGUGCCCAGAGGGGACAUCCAGGCUCUGGGGCCAACCAUGCAGCUGCCUGUGACUGCACCAUCUUUUCAGAGCAGAGAGGAGAGCAGUGAGGAUGAAGACGCUCUGAGACCCAUUGUUAUAGAUGGGAGUAACGUGGCCAUGAGCCACGGGAACAAGGAAGUUUUCUCUUGUCUGGGAAUCCAGCUGGCUGUAAACUUCUUCGCAGAGAGAGGCCAUACUGAAAUAACCGUGUUUGUUCCUUCAUGGAGGAAGGAGCAGCCCCGGCCAGAUGUUCCUAUCACAGAUCAGCACAUUCUGCGAGACCUGGAGAGGAGGAAGAUUCUGGUGUUUACGCCAUCGAGACGUGUCGCAGGCAAACGGGUGGUCUGCAACGACGAUUGCUUCAUCGUCAAGCUUGGCUACGAGUCUGACGGCAUCGUCGUUUCCAACGACAUGUACCGGGACCUUCAGGGAGAGAAGCCUGAGUGGAAGCGCUUCAUCGAAGAGAGGCUGCUCAUGUACUCCUUUGUUAAUAACAAGUUUAUGCCUCCUGAUGAUCCUCUGGGCCGUCAUGGACCGACCCUGGAGAACUACUUGCGGAGGUUUCCAAAGACUCCAAAAAAACAGCCGUGCCCUUACGGAAAGAAAUGUACCUAUGGAAUCAAAUGUAAGUUCCACCAUCCUGAGCGAGCCAAACAGUCCAACCGCUCAGUUGCCGAUGAGCUUAGGGAGAGCGCCAAGCCACCGUCCACUGCAGUGAAACAAUCCAGUCCUGUGCCUGGACAGAGCCUCUCACUGGUGGAGGAUAUGGCAAAGAAACUGACUCUGGGACAUGAAAGUGGCUCCUUAAAGAAAGAUCAUAAAUACGAUCAGGUGAAGGCGAGUCACCGCUCCAGCAAGAAGGCCACAUCUAGAAAGGAGAAGACCAGCCAGCACUCGGCCUCUGACCACAGCUCAGUGCGGCAGAGUAGCUCACAUGAGCAGCUGGACUCUGGUCUAGGCUCCAUAGACAGUCAGCCGAUGGAUGCUCCUUGGAGUGUGUGUGAUCACAAGCAUAGUGCAUCAUACAAGAGCUCUCAGCACACCCACAGUGUGAGACAACAGUAUUGCCCUCCGGGCAGCUGCUGCUCACAUGACCUUACUUCUCAGGGCACCACACCAGCGUUCCACCACCACAACCAGCAUUUCAGCAUUCCCUACCCGCCUCCUUACGCUAGCUAUGGCGCAUACCCUGUCAGCAUGCCUGCAUACAGUCAGCCGACAGAUUUCCAGCACAGCAGAGUCCCCAGCCGCCCACAGCAGCAGUACUGGUCUGAUCCGUUUGGGGCUUAUCCCCCAGCAGGCUGCAGCCUGCCAGGGGAGUGCUUGCACUGGGAGCCUCCUCAGGGGGCGAGUCCUGGCAGGGAGGAGAGAGAGGUUGUCAGAAAGAAGCUCCUCGCUAUCUUCAGCGCUCACUUGGUUGACACGGCCAUGGACAUGUUUCCUCAGCAGGUGGAUCCACAGAUGUUGGUUGUUGAGAUCCUCAAGUUGCAGAGUCAGAACAGGUCGCUGAAAUGAGAUGAAGUAGCGCUGGUGUAAACCCUCGUCUUUCAGUGGAAAGACUGAAAAGAUAAACAUGAGUUUGUGUAUUUAUGUAUUGUGGUAUCCACCUGUAUUCAAAUGCCUUUUUUUAAAUUAUGUUACAUUGUAAGUUGCCUCUGUGAACUGGGUAAUUAGAGGCUGUAUGCGGUUGAUACAAAUUGUAUCUUUAUUAAAAAAUACAAGAAAAAGUGGAUUUUAAUGCCACUAAAUGGGGUUUAAAAGGUUAACAUCCUGUUACUCUUAAGGUGUGCUCAGAAUCCGCUGUAUUAGGUACACUUGAUGCAUUGAACACCUGGUCUGCCAUAAAAUGUACUUGUAGCAUUGUGCCUCUGUCUUCUUGUGUCAUAUUGGCACCAUGCAUGUUUAUACGUUCAGAGCCAACUGUGCAGAGGGUUGGGCAAUGAUUCACUUUAAUCAACCCUUCAGUUAAAAUGUCACGGUGAAAUUACAAUGUUGAGUUGUUACGAUGCACAAUUAUUCAGGGCGGUACUUACUGUCAGUAAUAAUUAAUCUCACAGAAGAUGAGAUCUAAAGUUUGUUUAUUUAAUGUGUUUUUGUAUUUGUUUUUUGCGGUACUUUUGUCCACCUUGCCCGACUAGAGCAUUUGCUUGCUGUGAAGUUAUUACUGAGUUACAGAUGUUUUUCUGCGACAUAAAGUAGGAUGUUUUUCUUGGAUCAGACUCAGGAUUAAAACAGGCUGUUCUUAUGUAUUGUUUUCAAUCAAUCAAUCAAUUGGACAGCAACUCUCAUUCCCACAGUCACACCAGUCCUUACUGACCGUAAAGGACAUGCCCCCUCAGCAUAUAAAGAGGCACCUGGUUGAAUGGCGCUAUCCAGGUUUUAGCCAAGUUUCAGUGAAUCACAGAAUAUUACAGUUCCUGAUAUCCUGUUGGAAACUGAUGGGGCACAAAAGUUGCUCAGUUUAUCUUCCAACGUCUGUACUAUGGCUAGCAGGAUGCUAGUUCAGCCGGUGCAAUGUCCGUCUUUCUUCAGUGUUCACUGAUGUGUACAUUUGAAAACCUCGACUUAGCUAGCUAGCAGAAGUCGGCAGGAGGACAGUUUACAGCCCAGUGAGUUUAUUUCCCUAUCCUGAUGAGUGAUUCGUGGCCACACAUUACUGCUGUCCAAAGCCAAACACGAAAUGCAUCACCAACAUUUGUAAAAUAGACAUAAGAGCAUAAAUUUUGUACAAAUUUAGGGGAGCUGACAGAGCAGCAACAGAUUCGCGUCUACGUCAUCAAUGCGGAUGGAUGUUUGUAGGUGUACCUACAAUUUUUGUUAUAAGCCAUGUAAUCAAGAAGGCUGCGAUCAUAUAAACAAUGUGCUGACAGGAGUAAAGAAGGAAGUCGUUCUCAUAAGGAGGCAGGUUGCGGAGUUGAAGGGUCACAAGACUCAAGACCUUCCCCCAGGAGACUGAUGUUUGGAACUGUUUGAAACCAACUGAACUUUAAGUUAUUUUAAGGCACAUGGUCACCAUGUUUCUUUUCUAAACCUAACCCUACGCAACUUUACGUACGUAACGUCAUUUGCAGGGCGCUAAUUCCUCAGAUGUCAUACAAAUCAUUGUAUUAGGGCAUGUUAAUUUAAAACACGACUGUCAGUUUAAAGGUCUAGUGUGAAUGAUUUAGUGGCAUUUGUCUGUCUUUGCUGUUUUAUCACUACAAGAGAUGCAACUGUAACAAAUAUCUCACUUUCACUAUCCUCAUUCAUUUUAUUUUAUGAAGCCACAAAUAAUACUUAGCUCCAAAAUAAACCUAAGAGCUUGAAGUUAGAGCUGAACUUCAGAGAGUCGUUCCUAUGAAGAUGACACACUGUCUCGCUCAGUUGCAUUUGUGUACACCUGCAGGUUUUCAGAACAAGUUGUACUUGACUUGUUGCAAAUCUUUAGUCUUAACUGGGUUUUGGUAACAAAAACACAACAAUUCUUAUUAUCAGGUGAUUAUAAAUGAAUGAAAACAUUGUGAAUUUUGCACAUAAUUUCUGUCAAUAGAUGCCCUCAAAUCCUACACACUGGACCUUUAACAAAAAUGUGCCAAUGUUAAAUUCUAGUUACAUUAUAUUAUUUACAUGAGGGCAAACUGACCAAUGGUCGACUGAACAUAACAGACCUGGACUGUUUUUUUUUUUGUUUAAUAUUUUGGGCUUCACUUUUGAAUGUCACUGUUACAAAGUAAAAUUAAACAU